UCAUUCAGAUCAGUCGUACGCGAACCUUAAAGAAACUCGCGCGCACAAUGAACAGCCUAGCGCGUAAACUUAUUACGAGUGAAUUAAAAAAAAUAAAAUGGCAAAGGAAACUGUCUGUCAGUGCGUCUUCGAGGAAAGACGAGGAUUUCAUCAUAAAGUCUUUUCUGCCGGAAAAGAAAAUCCCUGAUAUGAAACUGUUGGACAGAGUUUGGAUGGAAUCCGCGGGAUUUAAAAAGUUAAUUGCAUUGGAAUGCGCCGAGACCAAAAAAUCGUACACAUACGAGCAACUUCAGCACAACACGGGCAUCUUUGCAACAUCUCUUCUAAAGAAGUUCGGCCUGAAGCAAGGUGACAUCGUGGCUAUCAUGCUACCCAACUGCCCGGAGUUUGUGGUGACCGCUUUAGGGAUUGUACAGGCUGGGUGCACGAUGACCACUAUCAAUCCUAUUUAUAAAGAAUUAGAACUCACUCAUCAAUUAUCCUUAACCAGACCAAAACUAAUCGUGACGACAUCAAAAUGCUACGACACAAUAAAACAAGCAAUGUACAAAGCUAACCUUGAUAUGAAAAUUAUAAUAAAAGAUAGCACAGAAACACCAAUACCAAAUGGAACAGUCAGAUUCACAGAAGUAGCAGAAAAUGGUGAAAUAGAUAAUGCCCUUUUGGAAAAGGUAGAAAAGAGCAAGCCUGAUGAUAUAGCAGUUAUUCCAUUUUCGAGCGGGACAACUGGUAUGCCGAAAGGAGUGGAGAUUACUCACAGGAACGCCAUUGCGGCUAUUGAAAUUAUGUUUGAGGAAAGAAAUUGCUAUCCUAUACUUGCGACUGAUUCGUUCCAAGAUGUAGUGCCGUGUAUUUUGCCAUUCUUCCACAUCUAUGGGCUAGUGGUUAAUCUACUUGGCCACCUGGCACACGGAUGCAAACUUAUAACCAUGUCGACGUUCUCAACUGGAUUGUUCUUAGAUAUUUUGAAAAAUCAAAAGGCUAGCCUUCUCUACAUAGUACCUCCUAUUGCUGUGUUACUAGGUAAGCAUCCAGACGUGACCAAAGAUCAUUUGAAAAAUGUAAGACGAAUCUCAAGCGGCGCCGCUCCGUUAUCCGCUACUGAUGUUCAAUUGGUGAUGGAAAAAAGUAACGGUAACCUAGCAUUCGGCCAGGGAUACGGCGCGACGGAGACGACAUCAUUGACUACAGGAACGCUGAUCGGUACUACUCCGGACUUGGCUGCCAGCGGGGUGCUUAUGUCCAACAUAGAGCUGAAGUUUGUUGAUCCCUCGACUGGGAACCCUGUGCCUUGCGGAGAACAAGGAGAAUUGUACGUCCGAGGACCGGUAGUCAUGAAGGGUUACCACAAGAACGAACAAGCGACAGCAGAUAGUUUGACAGAGGACGGCUUUUACAAAACCGGUGACUUGGGUUACUACGAUAAGGAUGUUGGGCUGUAUGUCACAGACAGAAUCAAGGAGCUUAUUAAGGUUAAAGGUCUCCAAGUAAUGCCAGCAGAACUAGAAGGCAUCCUUCGAUCCCAUCCAGCUGUCGCCGAUGCAGCAGUCAUCGGCAUGCCACACGAAUACCACGGAGAAGCACCCAGGGCCUUUGUCAUAGCUAAAAAUGGAUUCAAACUCUCAGAAGAAGAACUACAGAGCUUCGUAGCAGAGAAGGUAGCGCCGUACAAGAAGAUAGAAGAAGUAGUGUUUGUGAAUGAUAUACCUAAGACGAAUACCGGGAAGAUUUUGAGAAGGGAGUUGAAGAAAAUGUACGCGUGAGGCGUGAUGAGAUUUUAUUACUGUAUGAGAUUGAGAUAACAUAAGUGCUAGCUAAAAUUGUAACGUUUAUUUAAAGAUAAAAGGUUGAUGCCUGUCAUAUAAUAGGUUAUUAACACAUUCACUACCAAGAACCCUAUAUGUAAGUAGGUGUGUUAAUUUUGUAUUGGAAAUGGGGCGAUUGGCACUGAAAGUGUUAAACUUGUCGUGUGUAUACUGUAUAACAGCGUUUUUCACAUUGUCCGAUCCGAUAUCGGAUAUUGGAUAUGACUACAAAGAAGCAAUAGCCGCGGCCGGCUCCUGAUACAACCAUAAUGUGAUUUGUAGUGUUUAGUUUGAAAAUAUAUUUUUAUAGUAAUGCUAGUUUUAAUCUAUGGGCUAUAGUUGUCUGAAAUAAAGAUUUUUAUAUUUUUGAUUAAUUUAAAUAUUGUUUUUUGUUAAAAGCAGCUAUUUUUGUAAUUUGCCUGUGAAGGUUCGAAUCCCGGUAAGAGCAUUAAUUUGUGCGAUGAACGCAAAUAUUUCUUCCCGAGUCAUGGGUGUUUUCUAUGUAUAUAAGUAUGUAUAUCGUCGCCUAACACCCAUACAAGCUUUGCUAAGUUUGGGCUAAGUUGAUCUGUGUAAGAUGUCCCCUAAUAUUUAUAUAUUU